AUGUUGGAUUACACCCGCCUAUGCUCGAUUUUGCUGUUCCUACCGGCCCUGGUUUCCUAUAUGAUGAGCAAUGUGGAAGUUACUGCUAGCUGGGAGUCUAUUGACUAUGUGCUAAUGUCUCUCUCCUUCCUCUUCAUGAUUUGCAAUCUCUACAGUCAACUUUGGCUAGCCCUGAGCCUCUCGCCAAGUGUCUAUUUGGUUUUGGAGAACUCUAGAAAUCUUUUGGCAUCGUGCGCUCAAUGGAUCAUUCAAAACAUGGCACACCCGAGUUUGAUCGCUUUUGGAGGGAAACUUGUGGCUUUUUCUUCGAUUUUCAGAAUUUGGACGAGAUCUUAA